UGUGACCCCAGGAAAGGUUGUCACAUGUAAGUGUUUAGUUAGUGUGUGUGUGUGUGUGUGUGUGUGUGUGUGUGUGUGUGUAUGGGGGUGGGGAUGAAGGGACGAGUGACUGUACAAGACACCUCGUAUGUGUUACAGGAUUACUAGGAUACACUGUGGAGUAAAACUGAUAGAGGAAACAAAUAGAAGAGAGAAAGAAAGAAACGCAGAUGGAUAAUCCUUCUUCCAGCCAGUGGCUAAAUUAACCAUCUUCACCAAAAUGCCACCUAAAGGGACAUCAGUUUGUUUCCACCAGGGCAGCAACCCAAAACUUCAUUAUCGAUGGUAUGCAUUUAUAAAUUCUUCUUGAGGAUUUUUUUUUGCCUUUAAUCUGCGCAAGUGUCUCAACUAAAGGCGUCUGAAGCGCAUCUCCGAAAUGGAUCAUUUAUUCCGGCGCAACAGAGUCUUAAAGACCUUGCUGAGUUUGACUUUAGUGUUUGCCACUUUGUUGAUGAUUCAAAAGUUCAAAGUGGUGGACAUCCGAAUGAAGGAGGUGCGUUUGGAUCUAAAAAGCAACUGGUGCUUUUCUCCACAAUGCAAGACUAAAGCCGCUGAUGGAAACGCGUCGGCCCCGGUCACUCAGCGCGCUCCGGCUGCCUGGAACAUCACCGCUAUUACCUGCACUGCCGAUUCCGGUCUGCGCACUCAGAGCUGGUUUAGGACUCUGGACUCCAGGUUUCACGAAUUCGUCCUGCACAGACACUGCAGGUAUUUCCCCAUGCUCAUAAAUCACCCCGAGAAGUGCUCUGGAAACGUGGAUCUGCUCAUCGUGGUGAAGUCGGUUAUAGAACAGCACGACCGCCGCGAGGCUGUGCGUCUCACCUGGGGCAAAGAGCGCACCAUCGGUGGGAAAAGAGUCAAAACCCUGUUCCUGCUGGGCACCCCUGCGCCUGGAAAGGACUCCAAAAACCUACAGAAACUCCUAGAAUACGAGGACAGAAUCUAUAGAGAUAUACUGCAAUGGGAUUUCAUGGAUACCUUUUUCAACCUCACAUUAAAGGAGGUCAAUUUUCUGAGGUGGUUCAACAUCUACUGCACAAAUGUGCCCUUCAUUUUCAAAGGGGAUGAUGAUGUCUUUGUCAACCCAACUAACCUGGUGGAUCUCAUAGACUUCCGAACACAGGAGGGCAAAGAACGUGACCUGUUUAUUGGGGACACCAUUUCAAAAGCAGCGCCUAUCAGAAAUCGGCAGAGUAAGUACUAUAUACCCAAAGAGCUAUAUAACGAGCCAUAUCCACCCUACGUAGGUGGUGGAGGGUUUCUCAUGUCCUCUCAGCUGGCACAUAGAUUUUUUGCAGUGUCCGAGAGUGUGAAGCUUUUCCCCAUUGAUGACGUCUUCUUGGGCAUGUGCCUUCAGAAGUUAGGGCUGGCACCAGAAAUGCACCCAGGCUUUAAAACAUUUGGGAUCGUGAGGCGCAAGGUGAGCCAGAUGAACAGUGAGCCAUGUUUCUACCGCCACCUCAUUGUGGUGCACAAACUGAGCCCAGAGGAACUGCUGAGGAUGUGGGACACGGUGCACGACAUGAAGCUUACCUGUGCCAGAAAGGGUAUCGAUUGACCCCAGAAAUUGGGUGAAAACCUUGAACACUAGUCAACAGUUUUGUGUUCUUUGUUCAUUUAUUGUUUGUUCAGUUAUCAUUAUUCAUGCUCUUGGUCUCAUUUGAUUCAAAAGUGUCACCGUUGGGAACUAUAGGUGAAAGCACGCUUCAAUAUAAUUAAUAAUAAUAAUAAUAAUAAUAAUAAUAAUGAUACAGGGUGUCCCAAACAUCUCCAUACAUAGGGGAAUAUGUUUUCCAGACCAUAUCAGUUGUGCCUUCAUGAGUGGAUGUUGGUGGACGUUCAGUUCUCGGUCUGCAACACUUCCAGUCUAUUUUGUUAAUAAGUUUGGCAAACUGCUGCGUAUGGUGUGCUUGCAUUAUUUCCAGUUAGUCAAUCGCAACCUUGCAACAGCUUCUAAUCCACCCAUGAGAAUGAUUUCAAUAUGCCCUUCUUUGUCAAAGGCAUUCUUAAAGGCUAUCUGGAAAAAUAAAUAAAUAAAUAAAUAUAUAAUCAUUUUAGAAGACAUUUGUUAAAAAAGUGUUAAUUUCCUCUAUGUAUAGAGUCUUUUGGGACACCCUGUAACAACAACAACAACAACAACAACAACAAUAAUAAUAAUAAUUUCCCAUUCAGGGAAAUUUACUUAAACAUAAAUAUGCUCUAAAGGUUUCUUUUCAGCAGCCGAGAGACCUUUAAACAGUGGAUUAAUGCAAUUCCUGUCAUGCAGUGUGUGAAGUCUUUUUACAGCAGAAAACCAAAGAAAAGACCUAAAGUUUCCAGCUGGAGUUUUUGUGUGGAUGUCAAACAUUAAUUAUGCUUUGUUGCAUAAAAAUCAAGCUAGCUACUUUUCCAAAA